AUGGCAAAAGAAUGUUGCUUCGAUAAUCAAUAAACUAUAAACUCUGAUGAAGAUGAUAAAUAAAUAGAUGUAUUAACCUUUCCUACUACUGUUUUUUUAUUAAGUGAAAUAAGUACUCACUCUCUUUCCAAUUCAGAAUCAGCGAAUUUACCGAUUUCUUCACCAAGAUAUAAAUUCAUGAAUGAAUAUUAUAGUUCAGAAUCUCAAGAGCCUAAUAUUUAAACCAGAACUUUUUAAGAUUAAAAAAUUGCAUUAUGUCAUCAAAACUCAAACAGUUUAAGAGAAAAGUAUUCUUUCUAUGUACCUUUUAGCAAUUAAUUUAUUCCACUGAGUCAGUAAACUAUAAUCCAAAAAAAAACUAAUUGUAAUUAACUAACUCAAAGAAAUUGUUAAGAAAAACAAGAAAUUAAAGUAAAACGUGAUCAAAAACUAUCUCUACCCUCUAUACCUAAAAAAAUAAAUGAAAAAAGGUUUAUAUCAAAUAAAAUAAAUGGUAUUUUGAAGGAAAGUUGUCUAAAAAGUCCUGGAAAUGGAAAUGGCAGAAUUCGACCUAUUUUCGAUCUAUUCGUAGGAAGACCUUCAAAUAAAAAUGUUUCUUUCUAAUUCACUAUUGAAUAAAUCAAAACCAUGAAAAAAAAUAAUAAAUCAAAUAUAUUCAGUGUGCUUAAUGAAAAUAAAACAAAGCUUUUUCUUAUUUGA